ACACUAAUCUUUGAAUCAAUUUUCAUCCAAUAUCCAAUAUCAACAGAAGUAAAAUGAGGGGGCAGCGAAUAAUAAGCAAUUGCCCUUGACAAAGUGGCACGAAUUUAUGUAAUAUUAAAAGAGGAAGAACAUAUGAUGUUAACUUCUACAGACCAACGUAAUUUGCAUGUUUAGAAGAUAUAUGACGAGUACAGAGCGGCAAAAUGAGCUAAAGAUAAUCUAUUUAUUCCAUUUUGUUUCCUAACUUGUUAUGGAGAAGCCUGAAUUGAAAUGCAGUUUUGGCGUAUUAAGUCGACCUGACGGGUCCACUAUUUUCUGCGAAGGCAAAACUUCAAUACUUGCCGGCAUUUAUGGACCAGUAGAAGUAAAACUUCAGAAAGCUCAUAUAGACAAAGCAUGUGUCGAAUGCUAUUUCAGACCAAAAACAGGCCUUCUAGGGGUUCAAGAUCGCUUGCGAGAAUCCUUGAUCCGGAACAUAUGCGAAGCCUCAUUAGCAGUGUCACUGUAUCCUAGAACAGCAGUACUGGUAAAUCUACAAGAAAUGCAAAAUUCUGGACAGUUAAUAUCAUGCGCUGUAAAUGCAGUAUGUCUGGCUUGCUUGGAUGCAGGAAUCGAUAUGAAAUUUCUGUUUGGAGCAGUUUCAUGUUUCUUAAAUGGUCAAGGAGAUUUCUGUUUUCUGCCUCCUAUCAAUGAAGACAGCAUAAAAGCACUCUUUGUAUUUGUAUUUAAUAACACCACUGGUAGUAUUUUAGCAUCUCACACUGAAGGGUGUUUUAGUACAGUACAAUUUGAAAAGGCUCUCUCUUUAUGUAGAGAUGAAAGUGUUAAUGUGUUUAAAUUUUUUAAACACUCUCUUGUACAUUAAAUGAUAUGUUCAACUUAGGUGUUUAAAGUUUAUAUAGAAGUAUCUCAAUUUAAUUUGCAAAUAGAUCAUUUUUGUUUAGAAUAGAUUAGAGUAUCUAAAUUUAUUAAAAAAAUUGCUAU